AUGGUCGACCUCGAUGCCUUCAAGGACUACUCGACUUCUCGUUACGUUGUCGCCGAGAGCCUCAGGAUCUCCUUCUCGGGAGGAUCUAUCGACGGAGAGUUCUUUCACUUCCAAAGAUUCCAGAGCAAAUACUUAAUAAUGACCCCGAGGAGCAUGACCAAACAACGUAUCCCUAGCGGAAGCUCGAACUGGACCCUUACUCUCAGCAGCACUAAAGGCGUCCUACUCAUAGACUUGACCAUGGGUAUGACCCUUCCGAUCUCCUUGCCUAAGGGCCGGGUCGGAGUCUGCUACAAAGUGCAGUUCGAAAGCAACGGUCUCGACUUGCGCGCGUCUCGUGGAGAAGGGAGCGCUCCUUGCGAUGUGUUAACCACAACAACAGCAAAAGCAACAACAUCAACAACAACAACACCAACAACACCAACAACAACAACAACAACAACAACACCAACAACAACAACAACACCUACAGCAACAACAACAACAACAAAAACAUCAAUAAAAGCUGCGAAAGCCACCUCGAAACGCGGUCGAGGAUCAGCCAGGACGCCCCCCGAUCCUCCAAGAACCUCGGCGAAGGCAGUCAGCACUUUGGGUCGGUUUCCCAGCCCUGACUUCGAACUCGAGGGAAAGGAAAUCCCCGCCGCUGAGGACGAGGUGUGUGAGGACCGCGCCGAGUGGGACGUGGGGUGGAUCCUGCUGGUGGCGGCCGUGAUUUUUAUCUGAUCUCAUGUUUGC